UUGUGCCACUUUAAGAAGAAGCAUAAACGGGCUACCGUUAGUGCCCAGCAGAGGGCGCCCGUCCAUUGGCGCAGCCGCAGUUCGUAGCGUAGAGUUAGAAUACCCGGAAGUUCCUCUUUGCCGUAUGCGUGGAAAACUGUCGCGGAAAAAACUCAAAUAUUUAUUUUAUAUUUUUAUAUUUUUUCCAUUAUGAAGAUAAAUGAAAACACGCUGCUGGAAGGCCAUAAAGUCGUGCUGGUGCCAUACAAUGCCGAACACGUGCCAAGGUAUCACGAGUGGAUGAAGUCCACCGAGCUGCAGCAGCUGACUGCCUCAGAGCCGCUGACCCUUGAGCAAGAAUAUGACAUGCAACGCAGCUGGAGGGAAGACAGUGACAAGUGCACCUUCAUCAUCUUGGACAAGCGGCGGUGGGCAGACUCUAAAAUGAAAGAGGAGCAAUGCAUGAUCGGAGAUGUUAACAUCUUCUUGACCGACCCGUUGGAUCUGUCCCUCGCUGAGCUGGAGAUCAUGAUAGCAGAGCCCGCUUACAGAGGCAAAGGCAUCGGGAAGGAAGUGGUGCACAUGAUGAUGCAAUACGGGGUCGCCAAACUCAACAUCCAAAAGUUCCAAGUGAAAAUCGGCCUGAACAACGAGGUCAGCAUCGCCAUGUUCAAGAAACUGCAGUUCCAACAGGUGUCGGUGUGUCGGGUGUUCAAGGAGGCCACCUUGGAGAUGACCGUGGACGAGCGUGUCCGCAGCCGACUGCUCCAGCGCACCGUCCACAUGAGGGAGCGGGACUACACGCUGAGCCGCAGCGGCAGACAGGAAGUGAUGUCACAGGAUUAAAGAAAGAGGAGGAAUCGGGCGUUAAAAUUCGUAAUGGAACUGAAAAAGAAGGAAGAAGCAACGCUCGAUGGCCAAGCCUCCUCCCGACUCCUUCACCUAUGAGGGGAAUCUUGUUGGUGGAGGACGGCAGGAUCUCGUUGAGAAUGAGCUGCAUGACGGUGACGGCCAGCAGCAGCGUGACUUUGAAGCUCAGCUUUUCUCCUCCGGUGUCGGGGAUCAGGAAGGAGGCCAUGUCCAGACCCAGGAAGAAGAGGACGGGGAGCAUGAAGUUGAUGAUGUAGAGCACGGGUCUCCUCUUCAUGGUGAUCUGGAACACAGUUUUAAAACACACUUUUUCUAGCGCAGCACCAAAUCCUUCAAAACAUGAUUCUCUUCCUUCAAAUGGGACAUAUCAUGCCACACCAACUUGUCUUACCUCAUUGGUAUCUCUUUUUAUGCAUGAGUCCCGAAAAUGUGAACUCCAACCAUGGAGGCGUGGCGGAGAUGUUUAUAAAAUAAUCUUGCCUUCCUUCAUACUUCCUCUAAGACGUUUGGAAUUUGAG